AUGGAUAAUCAGACAGUGCUGGCUGUGCAGUCCUUACUGGAUGGUCAAGGAGGUGUGACAGAUCCAUCUGCUCAAAAUGUGAACUCUUCCACCGCCAUCCAGCCCAUGGAUGACGAAGAUGUGUUCCUCUGUGGGAAGUGCAAGAAACAGUUCAACUCUCUGCCUGCCUUCAUGACCCACAAGAGAGAGCAGUGCCAGGGAAGUGCCCCUUCCCUCUCCACAGUGUCCCUGGCCACCAACAACGUGUACACCCCCUCCAUCACCUCAGUGCAGCAGGCCCCGAGCGCCGCCCGGCAGCAAAUCUCUACAUACAUCACUGUUCCCCCAUCACCUUUGAUUCAGACCCUGGUGCAGGGGAACAUCUUAGUCAGUGAUGAGGUGCUGAUGUCAGCCAUGUCUGCUUUCACAUCCUUGGACCAGCCCAUGCCAGCAGUGCAGCCCCCAGUGCAGAGCAGCAUGAGUAUGCACUCAGGGGCUGGCUACCUGUCCCAGCCCCCUCCGCCACCACCUCCGCCACCGCUGCCUCCUCCUCAGCCUCCGCCACCUCCUGCCCCCAGCAUGGGCCCUCCUGGGCAGCCCAGUGCUGGCACUGGGGUGGUGGAGGUGUACAGUGCUCCUGCUCCCAUGGCACCAGCCAGCACCGUGGAGAUCCAGACCCUGGGUAUGCAGCCCUAUCCACCCAUGGAGGUGCCAAGCCAGUGUGUGGAAAGCCCUGUGUACCCCUCUCCCCCUGUGUACAGCCCUGGGAAGCAGGGGUUCAAGUCCAAGAGCACCAGUGCCCCCACAGCCCUGAGCAGCACAGGAGGAGGCACUGUGGUUGGGUUUGAUUCCCCCUCUGCUGCCAAAACUCGGCGCUGCAAGAACGAGAGUGGGCUGCAGGAAGGUAAGUGCAAGCCCAAGUCCCCCAAGCUGAAAUGCACUUACUGUGACAAGGCCUUUACCAAGAACUUCGACCUGCAACAGCACAUCAGAAGUCACACAGGUGAGAAACCCUUCCAGUGCAUCGUGUGUGGCAGAGCCUUUGCCCAGAAGUCCAAUGUGAAGAAGCACAUGCAGACCCACAAGGUGUGGCCUCCAGGGCUGGGCUGCACCAUCUCUCGCAACUCCAUCACGGUGCAGGUCAUGGCCUUGAAUCCCAAUCAGCCAGAGGAUGAGGAGAGCACAGGUUUGCCUCAGCCUCCAAGGAACCCUGCACCCCCUCCCCAAGACCUGAGCCCCUUGGAUGAGAGUGAGGGGGACAAGCUGGAAGCCAAGCAGGUUGUCUUGAUCGACAGCUCUUACCAGUGCCAGUUCUGCCCCAGCAAGUUCAACACCUAUUUCCAGCUCAAAUCACACAUGACACAGCACAAGAAUGAGCAGGUGUACAAAUGUGUGGUGAAGACCUGUGCUCAGACCUUCCAGAAGUUGGAGUCCUUCCUUGAGCACAUCAAGAGCCACCAGGAGGAGCUGAGCUACCGCUGCCACCUCUGCAGCAAGGACUUCCCCUCCCUGUACGAGCUGGGGGUGCACCAAUACUCCCACAGCCUCCUGCCCCAGCACAGCCCCAAGAAGGACGUGGCCGUGUACAAGUGUGUGAAGUGUGUCAAUAAAUACUCCACCCCAGAAGCCCUGGAGCAUCAUCUACAGACAGCAACUCACAACUUCCCCUGCCCUCACUGCCAGAAGGUGUUCCCCUGUGAGAGGUACCUGCGCCGCCACAUUCCCACGCACGGAGCGGGCAGCAAGUUCAAGUGCCAGAUCUGCAAGAAGUUCUUCCGCCGGGAGCACUACCUCAAGCUGCAUGCACACAUCCACUCGGGUGAGAAGCCCUUUAAGUGCUCAGUGUGCGACGCAGCCUUCAACCGGAAGGACAAGCUCAAGCGGCACAUGCUGAUCCAUGAGCCCUACAAGAAAUACAAAUGUCCCUUCUCAAGCCACACAGGCUGCAACAAAGAGUUCAACAGGCCUGACAAGCUGAAGGCUCACAUUCUGUCCCAUUCAGGGAUGAAGAUCCACAAGUGCCAGUACUGUAACAAGUCGUUCAGCCGCAGAGCCCACAUGGUGGAGCACCAGCGCUCCCACACCGGCAACUACAAGUACCGCUGCCCCACCUGCAGCAAGGGCUUCACUCGCCACAAGUACAUGAAGGACCACAAGUGCCGUCUGGGGUCGCCCAAGGACAAGGAGCUGCAGCUCAGGAAGCCCCAGAAGAAGCGAGUGGCCAGGGCACGCAAGGCAGGCCUGGCUCUCCCCUCCCAGCUGGGGCUGCCAGAGCUCAAGGACGGAGCCGCCACUGAGAGCCCCCCCGAGGGUGGCCCCAACAAAGAGCCCUUCCAGGAGUCAGAUGCAGUCCUGUCCAUCGUGGUUGGUGGCUCAGGAGCUGCUGAUUCAGACCUUGUUCCCGGGCAGCCCAACAGCAUAACGUCCAACCUGGCCCUGGCAGAGCUGCAGACUGCCCCCGACGGGCCCUGCACCAUGUUGGCUGUGCCUGUAUACAUCCAAACGGCAGAGUGACAAUACCCAGAGCCACUGUGUGGCUGAGGGAUGCUGCUGGGGCUGUGGCAUUUGGUGCUUAAGUUGAUCACAGUGGAAGAAGACCCAAGCUCUUGUGGGGAGGUGGAUGGAUAUGGGAGAGAAUGAAUGGCUUUCAUCUCCACUGGUUCUUCCCACCCUUGGGCAAAGGACUGCUUGGAAGCCAUCAAGGGCUACAAGGCACUGAAAAGAGGGGCUCCAUUAUUUCUUGUCCCUCUGAAUCACAGAUCAGCUUAGGGCAAGAAGGACAAAGAUCCCUGAAUCAGGGUAAGAAGAAGGAGGAUGCAAACAGAGCUGCUGAAAUUAGGUGGCUUUGCAAAUCACAGCCUGUCCCAUCUGUGGUUUUUCUGGCCUAGAAGCUGUAUUGCCCAGUAUUUGGGUGACCCUUCCGAGAGCAAACAAUUGAUCCUUCCUAGUGGAAGCAAGUUCAUCCUGAGAUCCUUUGGGAACACUGUUCAGAAAUACCCUGAUAGACUUAUGUCUGGUAUCUUAUCUCUCAGUAGAAAGAUCACCAUGUCUGUACUCCAUGUGUUAUAAACACCCUGGACCUCA